AUUGCACACAUCAUACCAAGCACAUCACAUAUCCCAAGAAACCACCUAUUCUCACUAGCAAAUGAUCAAGCGCCCCUGACAAUGGAUCAACGCCGUACGCCGGAGUAUAUUAUAGAAGUCUUUGCAUCUCCGGAAUCCGUGAAAGAUGUCGUCAGAGGAAUACUGCACACUAUUUUCUUUCAUAGAUUCUUCCCCUCUAUCCGACCGAAGACCCGCGACAUUCUUGACCUGACCCUCCCUUUUGUCGAAGAUGUAGAGUUGGAGACGUUGAUAGAUCAGAGGACAGCCACCCUUGUUCGACAAUUAGACACGAGUUCGGAUAUGGGCAUAAGGAAUACGGGAGUGAGGGGAUUGAUGGCCGUUCAAUUUUUUGAGAAAAAAAGACGGAAGGCGUGGUUUACGAAAGGUGAAGAAGAGGUUUGCUGGGAACAGUGGACCUUGGACGUUACAUUGGCAACGCCACGGACUGAAAGUGAAAGAGCCAAAGUCCGGAAAGCCAUGGAGGCCAUGUUACUGAAAGCCGCCAUGAAGAUCGUGACCACCGUCAACCGGGAGAAGGACCACAUACCGCCAAUUACCACAAGCGAAGCAAACCCAUUCCCUUACCAGAUCGUAAUUAAUCCAAAGGGGGAUGGGUGGGGAGCACGUAUGGGGAUAUUCUGAGAGCAAUCGGAAUUCUUGUGUAUGGUUUCAGGAGUUUGGGGGCUGGGAAAUAGAGGAUACUGAUACCCACGAGUGCAUGAAUUCAAUUAGCAUCUUACACGGUCUUCAUUAAGGCGCUGCUGACAUUAUCAAAAGUUGUCAUUAUCAUAUCAUCAUAACUUCAUUUAUGUUUUGCUGAAACCUCCCCUUCCUCGACCCGCCCCCCUACCAAAUCUC